UGAAGCCCAAACCGUCCUUUAAAACCCCAAACCAAGAAGUUCGACAGUUAAAACAACAGUAUAUUGUUCACUAUACGGCUCCGCUCUGAGUUGGUAACGCGCCGUCUCCUCCACUUCCAGCCUCCGACUCUUGCCUUGUGUCGCCUCGCUAAUUUCUCAAGUCCAUAGGAUAAAGCACAGAUGCCCCACAGAACACGGCCUAUGACAGCGCUGUUAGUGUUCACUGGCCUCAACGUUGUCUUGGUCUCAACCAUUACUCCUGUCUAUGAUUUUGUCUGCUUCCUUCCUUACUGGGAAAGACGGCGAGAACGGCGUCGUCUUGAACGUGAAGCUUUAGCACAUAGAUCUCAAUCAUCCUGAAAGAUCUCUGGGAUCCUUUUGGAUUAAUGAGUAAUUUAUUAAAUGCAUCACUUUGAGUGCAAAUUUUUCUUCUUGGAAGUCAAGAUGUACGAUAAGAGGUGAGGUGAGAGGCCCUUGCCUAUUGCUUGUUGUGUCUGAAUUUCCAUAGAUUGGAAACUGUUACAUUGAAAAAGGGGAAAUGCUAUGUCAAAGUCUUUUUAAGACUUCAUGGAUGUAUUAAAGUGAUCAAAAUUACAAGGUUGGGCUGUGCAGAUGGUGUAUGAUUCAAUGAAGUGCCAUCAUCAAACAUGACACGUGAACUCUUAAAUUGUAAUUUUCUGGAAUCAAAUUAAUGGUAGCUUUAGCCUUACUGAUGUUUGGAUAUCCCCUUAGAUGGGGAUAAUCUUAUGGACAAAUAAGAAAUAAUACGCCAUUGUCCAGGAAGUUAAAUUUUCAAA